AGUGUGCGCAAUGCACAUCCCCCAACUUCCAUAGUCACUCACUCCUCUCUCUCUUCAUUUUGGACAAGCCAGUGGACCUCUUCCAUACGCCUUCUCUACUGAGUUACUUUCAAAUCUUAACCAGAUAUGUUUUCUGAAGUAGAGCUGAUAAGAGAUGUGACAGUCGAUGCUGAAAACAUCAAGAGCGAUGGACUUGUUUCUCGGCCUCAAAGUUUCAUUAUGACGCGGCUUUUGGAGGACCUGGUGAGGGAGAAGGCGAGCAAGGAUCACGGCUACUUUCUUGCAGUAACCAGUUUGAAGAAGAUAGGCAAAAUGAAGGCUGUCGAAGAGUCAGGUGACGUUUUCUUCCCAGUAGUCUUUAACUGUCGCACAUUCCUACCUUACGAAGGAGAGAUCUUGCAGGGCAUCGUCCACUGCAUUUAUAGGCAUGGGGUUUUCUUGAGAUGUGGACCUAUCAAAUAUGCCUACCUUUCUGCUAGAAAAAUGCCUGGCUAUCAGUAUGUUUAUGGUCAAAAAAUGGCCUGCCAGAAAUGCGGUCAUGAUAGAAAACCUCUCUUUGUUAGUAAUGAGUUUGCUAAGAUAGAGAAUGGUGUUGUGGUUUGUUUUAUGGUGUUGGGGGUUAGAUGGUUUGAGAAUUGGGGAAAUGUAAAGAAUGAGUUUGGUGUGCUUGCCACUUUGGAAGGUGAUUCCCUUGGUCCCAUUUCAUUGUCUGGGUCUGGUGAGUUGGAUCUGUAAAUACUGACUAUAAAAACUUUUUUGUUUUUUUUUUUUUAACUUUGUUUUUAGUUUUCAUAAUCAAUGAGUUCAAUUUACCCUCUA